AUGGAUUCUCCCGUGGACAAACCUGAAACACUACUCAACAACAAAGAUGCUGGUAUCGGGCUUCGGCGUAACAAGGCUUAUCGACUAAAAGACUCAAUUCGGUUGUUUCUGCAACAAAAGGAUGCUUCAAUCGGCAAAUCUGCUACAACCAGUAACAACGAUGGCACUACAGAGGACAUCAAUGCUUAUAGCAAGGAAAUGGGAACUGCUAUGAAGCCGAUUGAUCUGGUCUCUCCAUCCUCAUCUACGUCCACGCGGUACAUCCCAGCUUCUACUGAACACGACACGAUGUGUACUACUACAACAGCAAAUUUCUCCAUUCCGGUGGUUUGUCCAACCUGUAGUGAAGUGGUCACUCCAUGGGCGUCAUCUCAGAACACCACACCAUCCGAUUUUUGUGCAUGA